UAACGCGGCGAGUAUGAAUUUUGAUAUCAUGUCACAUCAACCGAUCAAAUAACAAAUUUAUGUCGUGGUUCGCACGCCGCCGCAGUUUCCACAUGGCAACCACUACACAAAAGCCUUGGGUGAUGGUCUGCCUUGGUGUGGUGUUGAUGAGUUUGUUCGUACACGCGGCCACCCGAGGCUUGUUCUCCCUACGCCCAUUGACUGCACUGCUGCCAAGCUUAGCCUUCACUGCAGGCAUGGCAAGCUCCUCAGAGACCUCGGAGUUCAGCGUCACCUACGUUACGGCCCCCAACAUGGAGGUGGCCAAGACCCUGGCAAGGGGGCUGGUGGGGGCCAAGCUGGCUGCGUGCGUGAACAUC